UGAAUAUCUGGUAAAACCUGUAACACACCUUCUAACACAUCCUCUGAUAAUUUGCUACAGCUGCUUGUUGCAACGCUUGUUUUUUCUAAACCUCCCCUGCUGCUCGAAUUAUGCCCCCAAUAUCCACCAAACGCAACAUCUUGGAACGACAACCAACUCUCUCCGAGUAUGUCUCUACGCCAAAGGAGAAACGAUUGGAAAUUGCCUUGAAAAUGCUACUAGAAGAUAAAGCUCCUCUAAGAACAACUGCUACCCAGCUUGGUUUGCCUGCUUCGACCUUGAGAAAUCGUGUUAAGCAGAUCAAAUCAAAACCAAAGACUCAAGUUAAUGCCUGCUAUAAAGGCUGUAAUUUAUUAACCGUUAACGAAGAAAGAAUCCUAAUAAAACUAAUCAAAAUAUAUGACGACAGUAACAAAUACUUAAGGGUUCGAGAUGUUAAAAAAUUGAUUUGCCAAAUUGUGUUUUAUAGAAGAAAAAUACUUGAAGAUAAAUUUUUGGUUGACCAAGUAGCAAAAGGCGUAACUCAUGAUUAUGAAGGGAAACAAUUAAAAUUAUUAUCUUUUAAAGAUAUCAAACUAGGUCACAAUUUCUGGGGAAGAUUCACUAAGAAACACAGAUUAAAUGAUUUGAAGUGCUUUUCAACUGAUGGGAGAAAUUAUAGAGAACUACGGAACAAAUAUAAAAAAUUUAGUAUAACCUCUGAAAGCCUCCCAACUGAAGUUAACAAUAUACCAAAUGUGGACCUACUAUUGCUUUAUUUUAAUUUGUUUUUCUUAGAUGGAAAAAUUAACCUCGCGGAGGAAAGCGACGAUGAUGAAAUGAAUUUUGAUAAUACUUUAGAUGAACAAUCCUCCAAAAUUUCAAUUAGCGAUAACUCUCCUACUUCUAAAAGUGCAUCAUUAAAUUUGAAAUCAUCUUCAAAAAUGAUUAACAAAAAUAACAAUAUACCUAACGAUAAAUUUAAUGUACUUAGUAAUAAAAAGAAAUCAAACCCAAUUAGCAAUUCCAUUACUGCCAAUAUCAUGCCCAGUAAUAAUCAUAUUAAUAAUAACAGUAAUAAUGUCAAAAACAAUAACAACAUCUCAAAUCAUGAUAACGAUCAAAAUAAUCAAAACAACAAUAAUGAAAACAUUAUUAUGACAGAUCUAAACCAUAUAAACAAUAACGAAUUGAUCAACAACACAAAUAGUUCAAAUAUUAAUUCUUUUCAGAAUAAUGAUAACAGAACUUUAAACACAGAAAAUGAUUCUAAUAUUGACCAUUCCUUGAAGAGUAAAUCUCUUAAUCCCUUGCCAAAUUUUCCUCUGUUAAUGUCUAAAAAUCAAUCUUUUGAAAAUGAUAUUUUAUCUUAUAAUCAACCUUCAAAUUCAAAUUCUAAUACAAAUAACAACUAUACGAAUAAUAUCUUCAACAACAAUAACAAUAACAAUAACAAUAAAAACAGCAACAAUCGUAUUAUUUCAAAUAUUAAUAAUCUGGAUACUAUGAAUGGCAUUAAUAUCAACAACAUUAAUAACAUUUCCACUAUAAGCAACAUUAACAAUAUUGACAAUAUUAAUAGUAUUAACAGUAUUAACAGCUUAGGAAAUUUAAGUACUUUAGGAAAUUUAAGUACUUUAGGAAAUAUUUCAAAGUCUAAUAAUGAUACUCAUGAUAAGAAUAGUUUUAUAAACAGGAUUAAGAACAUAAACACUGAUAAUAAUACUGAUCAAGAUAAUAACAAUAACCCCCUGAUCAGUCUUCGCAACAACAAUCAAAACACUGAUAAUUUUAACUUCAACUCUAACCCAAAUAAUGCAAUUAAUAGAAACAAUAACUUUGAAGACAUUAAUUCUAAUAACCAUGGAAACACAAUGGAAAAUCUUGGUACAGAUAUUAAUAAUAACCUUACAUCCAGUAUUGGUGCAACAAAUAACAAUAAUAUUAUUAUUAAUUCAAAUUCCAACAAUAAUUCUUCUAGUAUAUCUUCUUUAACUUCCAGCAACAAUAAAAAUAAUAUAAAUAGUCUUUCCAGUUUUCCAAACCAAAACAAUAUUGAAAUAUCCAGUUUUAACUUUGUGGGUAGCACUAACCAUAAUUCAAAUAACAAUCAAUUGUCAACAAAUCAUUUUAAUUCUUUUUUAUCCACUGAUCCCAUUUCUAAUUCUUUAACCUCUAGUAGCUCAUUAAAUGGACUGAAUAGCAUAUCAAAUGGAAUUAAUAUCCUUGCAAAUGAUGAAGGUGACAAAAAUAACAAUAAUAACAAUAAUAACAAUAAUAACAAUAGUAACAAUGGUCAAUAUAAUAAUAAUAUGAAUAACAAUAACAAUAUUAUCAAUAAGAAUAAAAAUAAUAACAAUAAUAUAAAUAAUAUAAAUAAUCACAAUAAUAUAAAUAAUAACAAUAAUAACAAUAAUAACAAUAAUAACAAUAAUAUAAAUAAUAUAAAUAAUAUAAAUAACAACAAUAAUAUAAAUAAUAUAAAUAAUAUAAAUAAUAUAAAUAAUAACAAUAACAAUAACAAUAACAAUAACAACAAUAAUAACUUGAAUUUCAAUUUUAAUAAUAGCAACAAUUUGAAUAAUUUCAAUCUUAGUAGUACUAUUGCAAAUGGAAAUGGAAGUGGUUUGCCUUUAAUUAAGAAUGCCACAAAUUUAAAUAGCAAUUUCUUUUUGCGUCCAAUGUUAGCUUCAAAUUCUCAUAACAAUCAAAACAAUUAUGUAAACUCUUUAUCUAAUCAUAACAAUCAAAAUAGUUUGAACAACAUAUUUUCUCCAAACUCCUUGCUAUAUCAUGAUUCAUUAGCUAACCAUAAUAUUCAACAAAAUCAGCAACCGGAUAGUUUUCCAAGUACAAAUAUUAUGUUGCCAAAUACUAAUUUACCUAGCAAUAAUUAUCAACGCCCUAUAAGUCAAAAGAAUCUCAAAUCAUUGACUAGAGAUUCUCCUAAUAAUUCUUGGUAAGACAAUUCUAUUUUGAUUUUCAAUAAAAGCUAGCUUUUUUUUAAUUUUCUUUCAUAGCAUUGCUUCAUGUUACUUUUAUUACAUUCUUU